AUAAAACAUUUUGCUGCGUUUUGUCGGGGCUGAACCAUAGACUGUAGCCUAUAUAACGCCGCUCUGCAUUUGCAGUCCCGACGUUCACGACUUACAACCGCACAAAUGCUCCACUAGUCCUUUGAUGAAAUGGCAACAACAGUGAAACUGAACACCGGUGCACAAAUUCCCAUUGUGGGUCUAGGGACAUGGAAGUCUCCCCCUGGCAAAGUCACAGAGGCGGUGAAAGCGGCCAUCUCAGCGGGUUACCGGCACAUCGAUGGAGCGUAUGUCUACGAGAACGAGGCAGAGGUGGGAGCGGGUGUUCAUUCCAUGAUCAAGGAUGGCGUGGUCAAGAGGGAGGAUCUUUUCAUUGUUAGCAAGCUGUGGUGCAUUUUCCAUGAGAAGUCACUGGUGAGGCAAGCUUGUGAGAAGACUCUCAGUGAUCUUAAACUGGACUACGUAGACCUCUAUCUAGUGCACUUGCCAAUGGGUUUAAAGGAUAGCGGUGACCUUAGUUCUUUGGACAACGGAGGAGAGGCAAUUAGUGAUGAUACCCACUUCCUUGAUACAUGGGAGGGAAUGGAAGAGCUGGUGGAUGCUGGUUUGGUCAAAGCUAUUGGUGUCUCCAACUUCAACAAGGACCAGAUUGAAGCCAUUCUCAACAAGCCAGGCCUUAAAUACAAGCCUGCCAACAAUCAGGUGGAGUGCCAUCCAUACCUGACACAGGAGAAGCUGAUCAACUACUGCCAUUCUCAGGGCAUCUCAGUGACGGCUUACAGCCCCUUGGGCUCCCCUGACAGACCCUGGGCUACACCUGAAGACCCCUCACUGCUGGAUGAUCCGAACAUUAAACCCAUUGCCGAGAAGUACAACAAGACCCCUGCCCAAGUCCUGAUCCGCUUUCACAUCCAGAGGAACGUGAUCGUGAUCCCCAAGUCGAUCACAGCUCAGCGCAUUCAGGAGAAUUUCCAGGUGUUUGACUUUAAACUAACUGAGGAGGAAAUGAAGACUAUUUUAGGAUUCAACAGGAACUGGAGAAUCUGUCCCAUGGAAUGGGGCAUGAAGCACAAGGACUACCCAUUCCAUGCUAAAUUCUGAAAAUAAAGGUUUACAAUGCUAAAUGGUAACCAGCUGCAUACAGACUCUCCUUAUUUGGUGAUUUUCAAGUUUCUUAGUUUACUUGAACACAGUUUUUUAUUUGCUUUUUUUCCAAGUCUUACUUUGUCUGUGUGACAUUCAAAGUUACUGGAAAAAACAAAAUGUGUGCCACAUGCAGUACAAAACUCUUUCUUGUGAGUAUGUAUGACACUUAAUAAUCAUGUGAAUUAACCCUGUUACCAAACAGUUGCUUUCAGUUGCUUUUCCCCAUGAGCUCUUUUGUUGAGUGCUGAAAAUAAAGUCCUGU